CCUAGGUUACGAUCCCACCACCUAGUUUGUGUUUUUUUUUCUUCAGUCUCGUCCUAGAUUCCUGAUCCUGCUUUCUCGAUUUCUAUUUCCGAAGCUCCAUGACUUCCGAAAAAUAUGAUAUCUUGUUCGUUCGCCUUACUGAAAAAAACUACUCAGCUUGGGCAUUUCAAUUUCAGAUAUUUGUCACCGGAAAAGAUUCGUGGGGGCAUGUUGAUGGCAGCACUCCUACCCCUAACAAAGACAAAGAGACGGUUGCUCAUGCUCAAUGGGCAGUCAAAGAUGCUCAAGUCAUGGCCUGGAUCCUUGGUUCCGUUGAUUCAAACAUUGUCCUGAAUCUUCGUCCUUACAAGACUACAGCAACAAUGUGGUCUUACUUGAAGAAAAUUUAGUCAAAAUAAUGUCGCUCGUCGUUUCCAGCUUGAGCACAACAUUGCUAAUUUUAAACAGGAUAGUCUCUCCAUCUCUGAUUUUUACUCUCAAUUCAUGAAUCUUUGGGCUGAAUACACUGAUAUAGUUUAUGCAAACUUGACUUCUAAAGGUCUAAGUUCCGUACAAACAAUUCAUGAAACUACUAAACGUGACCAAUUUCUUAUGAAAUUGCGAUCUGACUUUGAAGGCCUCCGGUCCCAUCUCAUGCAUAGAGAUCCUGUACCAUUGUUGGAUGCGUGCCUCAACGAUUUGUUACGUGAAGAACAACGUCUUCUUACACAGUCCAUCAUUGAAGAAUAAAGAUUGUCUACUGUUCCCGUAGCAUACGUGGCACAAGGGAAGUCACGACGCCAUGACAUGAGUGCUAUUCAAUGUUUUAGUUGCAAGCAAUUUGGACACUAUGCUUCCUCCUGUCCAAAAAAAUUCUGCAACUACUGCAAAAAGGAUGGACAUAUUAUUAAGGAAUGCCCAAUAAGGCCACCAAGGCAAACUGUAACAGCUUUUACAACCACCACUGAUUCUUCUACUCCCAACAGUUCUACCAAUCCAGCACCUGUCCCACAACAUGCUACUACUGUUGUUCCCACUUUGACUCCUGAAAUGGUUCAACAAAUGAUCAUUUCAGCAUUUUCUGCUUUGGGAUUCUCAGGAUCAACACUUGGGGACGAUAAUCUCAAAGGGGCCUAAAGUUGGACGUCUUUUUCCCAUCCAUUUCUCGCUGUCUCCAAGUCUUUCUUUACCUUUAGUCUCUUGUAAUUCUGCAAUUGUUGAUUAUCAAGUAUGGCAUAGGCGUCUUCGGCAUCCCAACUCCAAUGUACUCCAUGACAUGCUCAAAUCUAGUUUUCUUGGAAAUAAACACACCCCCUCUCUUAAUGAUAUUCAUUUUGAUUGCAUUCCUUGUAAGCUUGGCAAAAGUAAAAUUUUACCUUUUCCAACACAUCAGUCGCAUGUCAGCCAACCUUUUGAUAUCAUCCAUAGUGAUGUUUGGGGGAUAGCACCAGUUACAUCUCAUGCUUAUUACAAGUAUUUU